GAAUGUUAAGGAUCAAUCCAGACAAUAUUAAGGUGGUAUUUUUGGGAACAUAUAUAAAAUUACGGGGCAGAAGUAUAAAUUUAUGAUUUUACGGGGGCGUUGACUACAAAUUCACCGAAAUAGGCUAUUAACAAUAUUAAAGCUAGAUUUCUGGGAGAAAGUUAGAAAAAGGUUUGAGAGAGGAGGAUCGAGAGAGCUGCAAGCCUGCAACUUGUUCAAUGGCGACCAAAGUCUACAUCGUGUACUACUCUAUGUACGGCCAUGUGGAGAAAUUAGCACAGGAGAUUAGGAAAGGUGCUGCUUCUGUUGAUGGAGUUGAAGCCAUACUCUGGCAGGUACCUGAAACGCUCCAAGAAGAUGUGCUCUCUAAAAUGAGUGCACCGCCAAAGAGUGAUGCUCCCAUUAUCACCCCAAACGACCUUGCUGACGCUGAUGGAUUUGUCUUCGGCUUCCCAACAAGGUUUGGUAUGAUGGCUGCUCAGUUGAAGGCAUUCUUGGAUGCAACCGGCGGCCUUUGGAGGACUCAGCAGCUCGCCGGCAAACCAGCCGGAAUCUUCUACAGCACUGGCUCUCAAGGUGGUGGUCAAGAAACCACUGCAUUAACUGCCAUAACUCAGCUGGUUCAUCAUGGAAUGAUAUUUGUCCCUAUCGGGUACACAUUUGGUGCCGGUAUGUUUGAGAUGGAGAACGUCAAAGGUGGAAGCCCGUAUGGGGCGGGAACAUUCGCUGGAGACGGGUCCAGACAACCAACAGAACUGGAGCUGGAGCAAGCAUUUCACCAAGGGAAGUACAUCGCCGCCAUAACCAAGAAGCUCAAAGGACCUGCUGCUGCUUAGAGCUCUCUCAAAAAGAUAAUGCUUUGAUUCUUUGUUAGUAAAUUACUACGAUUUGGUAUUUUGCGAUUUUUUCGUUUUGGAAUUUUCUAACACUGAAUGAGUUGAUUUAGCUCACACUGCCAAUAACACACCAUUGCCUUUGAUUUGUAA